AUGUUUCCAAAUACAGAGGAGAAGCCCAGGAUAAAACUAACUGCUCCUAAAAUACCGGAGGGUGAGAAAGUAGAUUUUGAUGACAUCCAAAAGAAGAGGCAGAACAAAGACUUGAUUGAACUGCAGGCCUUGAUUGACAGCCACUUUGAAGCCAGGAGGAAGGAAGAGGAAGAGCUCGUUGCCCUGAAGGAGAGAAUUGAGAAGCGCAGAGCUGAAAGAGCAGAGCAACAGCGAAUCCGGGCUGAGAAGGAGAAGGAACGCCAAGCAAGGCUUGCAGAAGAAAAGGCACGGAGAGAGGAAGAAGAUGCCAAGAGAAAAGCUGAGGAUGAUCUCAAAAAGAAGAAGGCUCUGUCCUCCAUGGGUGCCACAUAUAGCAGCUAUCUGGCUAAGGCUGACCAGAAGAGAGGGAAAAAGCAGACAGCUAGAGAGAUGAAGAAGAAGGUCCUGGCAGAGAGGCGCAAGCCCUUGAACAUUGACCACCUUAAUGAAGACAAGCUGAGGGACAAGGCUAAGGAACUGUGGGACUGGUUAUACCAGCUGGAGAAUGAGAAGUAUGACUUCACAGAGCAGAUUAAAAGAAAAAAAUAUGAGAUUGUCACCCUCAGGAACCGGAUUGAUCAGGCUCAAAAGCACAGCAAGAAGGCAGGAGCCAAGGGCAAAGUUGGCGGGCGCUGGAAGUAAAGAAUCAGGCAAGAUGGCCUAUAGUGGCAUGCCUGAACCCUGCUGGUCUCCUCUUUCUUCCUUCACAAAUCACUUGUGUUCCCAUGCCUCAGCAAUAACAAAAAUUGUAACAUCAGCCUGGGCUGCCUAUUGCUGCUGCUUUUCUUUCCCCCUCCUCCCCCCCACCCUCCCUGGAGAAGUCCAGUGGUUUCCUGAAUCAAAAGCAAGCAGGUUCCCCCUGGAGCUGAGAUGACUCCUUGCUGGCAUCUUCAAUACCUGCUCAGUGUGUCCUCUAAUCUCCUGACACCAGCCCUAUGCCAUUCUGUAGAUUGCUGU